UCAAUGAUAAUAUUGAUGCUUACAAAUCUACAACCUAUAAUUGUUUGUGUCCAACUCUUUUAGCUUAAUUAAUUCUUUUUAUCAAUCAUUUUUGUAUCCUUUUAGUUGUUACUGCUUCUAACAUUCGUUGGCCGUUUUCCAUGUUUACUUGACAACUUUUUUGUACUUGAGUAGAAAUGUCAAAGCACAUCAUUUUGUUAUUUUGGAACUUCCCAUUUUCAGUCCUUUUUUUUUUUUGGUUCAGAUUUGUCAUCAUGGACUGGAACUUGAAGAGUGACCAAUUGGAAUGGGGCUGGGAUAAUAAUAUAAGCAUUUGCAGUUGCUCGGGAUUGGAGUUUUGUAGGCAUGCAGAAACUUUCAUCGAUGAGAAGGAAGUAAAUAAAGCUGAAAAUAUAUAUUCUCUAGAUGGUUUUUCUAGCUAUAGUUUGGACCAUGGCUCUUCUGUCAAAUCUUCAGCUGAACAAUGUAAUUAUGGGAAAGUUGGUUCUGUGCCAGGUUUUGUAAGCGUGGAGAGAAAAGAGAAAUAUUCUACUUUUGGAACUUGUACAAGACCUGGAGAAUCGUCAAUUGGCUUAAAUCUGUACUCUGCUAACAAUGAGACUGUUACUAAUUAUCCUCUACUUCCUUUGUCAUCUACGACAGCAAAGCGAUGUAAGGGUUCUUAUCAUCUAAUGCAGAAUCCCUACUGCCAAGUUGAAGGAUGUAAUCUUGACCUUACAACAGUUAAAGAGUAUCAUCGGCGUCAUAGAAUCUGUGAAUCCCAUUCUAAAAGCCCAAUGGUCUUUGUUGCUGGGAUGGAGCGCCGUUUUUGCCAACAGUGUAGCAGAUUCCAUGAGCUGUCCGAGUUUGAUGAUAACAAACGAAGCUGUCGAAGGAGGCUCUCUGACCACAAUGCUAGGCGUCGUCGGUCACAACCAGAGGCAAAUCACUUUAGUUCAACAGGACGACCUUCUUCGUUUCAUGAUCGACAAUCACGUACUAGUGGUUCUUUAAGUGGAUCAUCUAUGUCCACUUCAAAUUCAAUGGGGAAAAACUCUUGCCGUCCUAAGAAUAUACGAGGUUUAAAUACAUCUACAAGUGAUUAUAAGUUGGAUGUUUCAUCCAAUCUUCAACGACGUGCUCAUUCUCUUCUGUCAACAAAUUCUUUGGGUUGGGAUGAUCCUACACAUACUUCCAUGGAGCAGCUUAUAAUGCCUUCAAGUGUCAGCGCAUCACAGCCGUUUGUGCACUCUGUAACACCAAACUGGCCACAAGUUUCAUCAGAACAUUUUCCGGCGGAUCAUCAAGUGCCUUUCUACUCCCCACAUUGCUUCAACGGAUCUGCCUGAUAUGACAUGUAUGCAGCAGCUCUUCCAAGAGUUUUAAUAGUUUGGCACAUUCUUUUUCAUGCCAAAUAACUCAUACUAGUAAUGCCAUCUCUUUCUAGUGGAGUAAAGAUGUGGUAGCCUUCUCUUUGUGGUCAAUUAGUAAGGCAAACAACGCAAAGCAUGAAGUAAAGACGUAAUACUUCAACUACACGAAGUCUCUUUGCCGCUUAAAAUAAGUAGUUUCAUAGCAGAUUGUUUCGUACGUUUUCUAGGAUCAGAUAUUAGCACCAUCACAAGUCAUUGUUGUCUUCCAAUUGAUUGAGAGUUGGCAUUAGCGUGCCAAGCUCAUUGUAGAUGUUGUCUUUUUAUUUGAAGUUUGUAGAACAAGGAUGAGUCCCUG